CAUAUCUAAGGACUUAUUUGAUUGGACAACAUGACACGACUUCAUUGUUACUAUAUUUAGAAACUGUUUCGGUUUGGAAAAUCCCUGUCCGUGAGAAGCAAACAGAUUUCUUUUCGGCUCAUAUCGCGCUUUCUGGAACGAACCAGUGAACGACAAAAUGGCGACGUUUGGUCAACCUAAUGCAAAGGAACAAGGCAAAGAAUCCAUAGUUGAUGAUUUCAUGUAUGGUUCUAAUGUCGCCAGUGCUCAUGUGUACAUACGGAUGGGCUUUCUGCGGAAGGUGUAUGGGAUCUUGACCACUCAGAUCCUCCUGACAGUCAUCGUCUCAGCUCUGUUCAUGAGCAAUGAGGGAGUCCAGAAGUACAUCCAUAGCAAUCAGUGGAUGAUGACUGUGUCACUGUUUGGAACAUUCAUUGCGAUAUUUGCCUUGAUGUGGAAAAGACAUGAGACACCAACAAACUACAUCCUGCUGGGCGUGUUUACCCUUCUGGAGGCAUACACAAUUGGAGUCAUUGUCACAUUUUAUACGGUCUCGUCUGUAAUUGAGGCCUUUGUGUUGACCUUGGGUGUCUUUGUGGCCUUGACCCUCUACACACUUCAGAGCAAACGAGACUUCAGUGCUUGGGGAGCAAGUUUGUUUUCAUUCCUAUGGAUCUUGAUACUGGCAGGGUUUAUGCAGAUCCUGUUCCCAUCUGUGAUGAUGGACAAGGCAAUUGCUGUGGGUGGAGCCCUCCUAUUCUCUCUCUUCAUCAUAUUCGACACCCAUCUCCUGAUGCACAAACUGUCGGCGGAGGAAUACAUUGUGGCUGCUGUCAACCUGUACCUCGACAUCAUCAACCUCUUCUUGCACCUGCUCAGGCUCUUCGGCGAGAGGAAAUAGUCCUCUUGUAGAAGGGGGUCUAUAUAUAUUCACGAUGUUUUUUCUGUAUGGCACGUGGGUUCACUACACCAUCAAAUCAAAGUAAUUAAUCUAAAAAAUAAUCAAGUUCCCUUAAACAGUGAUACUUUGAGAUAUUUUUUCUUGUGUAUGUUUUCCUUCAGUAGUUAUAUUGCCAGUCAGUUUGUGAAGAGCCUCAUGAUGGUGUUUUUGAAAACACAGAGCCAUGCAUAUUUUCAUCACAAGUAUUCGCCUGUGUGACCUGGCUGCUGGUGUGCGAUGUCAGUUGUCUUGCUAUCAACCACUGGUUUGUGGGCUACGUAAGGUGGCGCUGGAGAAGUACUGACACUGAAAGUAAUGCUCUUCUACGUCCACUGACUUCCUCUUUGCCAAGUAGGACAAGAGGAAUGGAUUUAUAUGCCAGUAAUGGAAACGAACCCACUUACCAUACAGGCUUCAAAAUGAGAUCUUUUAUGCAUCUUUUGCUAAUUUCUGUUGUACUUUCAUAUCACGCACACCAAUCUAACCAGUGGACUAUCCAGUUUAUGCAUACAGAACACUUCUGCUCAAUUAAGGCUUGCUUAUUUUAUACUCACAGUGUUUUUUUUAUUAUCAAAGAAUAGGACUUUUAGAGUAGGAAGCACUGUGCCCAAUCAUGAUCUGUAAACAGCUGCAGAGUAGAGGAAUCACCUUGUGCAAGAAGACCCAGUGCAGGCUACAUGUUUUUAUUCUGGUGAGGGCAAGGUAUGGGAUUCUCAAACCAGGUCAUGAUUUAAGAUAAAAAUAUUACCUGGGGUGGGGUUUUUUUCAAACAAAAUGGGUUGCUCCUAAUUAACAAUAGAACCAGAAAAAGGUUUUCAAAUGUAGUGUAUAAGAUCUUGUACAGUACUGAAGAAUAAUUUGCAUAAUGAAUGGCUUGUGUGCCCACUAUAGAUGAUUUUUUAAAACUCAAAAUCAUACUCUGAGCACUUUCUGUUAUUAAAAACUUGAAGAUGCUAAAAUUUUGUCAGUUACAAUUUGGUUUUGAUGUCAUGUAGGCUGUGGUUAAUUUGAUUGUUCUUUCUCUGUUUGUAUCUCCACUGAACUAACCUCAAUGUGAUUAUUUACAAAAUCUGUUCUGGGGGUCCUCAUGUGUGACCUCUGGGCAGGGCCCGGGAGGGGGUACACUUGGCUGGGCCUGGCAGGGGGUCAAAUAGAUUAUUUAUGUAAAUCUAUUGUUCUGUACAGAGGUAUAUGUUGGAAAUAAAUAUUAUUGUACUGUU